AUGCACGGUUGUCUCUAUGGUGAAUGGAAAGAAUGGGAGGAUAUUGGCACGAAAAUGGGCGGUUCUGGCGGGGAAAUGAAGCGAAGAGACAAGGCUCAGGGGAAAGGAAGAGAAGGAAGGAAGGGUUUAGGCUCUUCAUUGCUAUCCUUUUCUUUGUCUCUUCCUCCAACACAUUUAUGUCGUCCCGAACAGAGUUCUGCAUUGCUGCAAUUCAAGAGCAACUUUUCCCUUUCCAUUAGUAAUUGUUCACAAGAUUAUCACAUUGUUUCUGUUCAUAAGACGGAUUCUUGGGAUAAAGAUACUGACUGUUGCAAAUGGGAGGGUGUGGUGUGUGAUAACAGGAAAGGCAAUGUGAUCGGCCUUGAUCUCAGUUGUAGUGGACUAAUUGGUUCUAUCCAAUCAAACAGUUCCCUCUUCUCGCUUCAAAACCUUCGAUGGCUCAACCUUGCCGGUAAUUAUUUUGGCAACUCUGAAAUCCCAUCUGAGUUUGGCAAGUUGAGGAGUCUAACUUAUCUCAAUCUCUCUGACACUGCACUCACUGGUUUUGUCCCACAUGAAAUCUCUCUUUUGUCAGAACUAGUUUCGCUUGAUCUCGGUCAGAAUUAUCUUUUGUUUAGGGACCAUGAUUUUAACAUGCUUGUCCACAACCUUACAAAAUUAGAAAAUAUCGUCCUUGACCGUAUGAGUUUGUCUCUGGUUGUACCUAAUUCUUUCCUUAACUUGACUGUCUCAUUGAAGCAUCUAAGUCUUUCUUACUGUGAAUUGCAAGGAAAUUUCCCCGCCCAACUUUUCCAUCUUCCAUUCCUUCAAAACAUCAUUUUAAGACAUAAUUCAAAUCUCAUUGGUUAUCUACCAGAAACAAAUUGGAGCAGUCCCCUUAGUUUGUUGGAUGUUUCAGGGACAAGGUUUCCAAAAGGGUUACCCGCCUCAAUUGGUAAUCUUAAACACUUGAAAGAACUUAGCCUUUCUAGUUGUGUUUUUAUGGGGUCAAUCCCUUCAACACUUGGAAACCUCACAAAACUCACCUUCUUGGAUAUCUCAAACAACAUGUUCCAAGGGAAAAUUCCAGAUGUUUUUGGGAACUUAAACUAUCUAAGUUCCAUGGAUUUUUCCUCUAACAAUUUCAGUGGUGUCUUCCCAUCAUCAGCAUUUAACCUCAUUAGCCUUACUUUCAUGGACUUCUCUUCCAAUUUCCUUCGGGGUACCCUUCCCAACAACAUAAGUGGACUUUCGUAUCUACGAGAACUCCACUUAUAUGCAAACUUGCUUAGAGGUAGAGUACCAGGUUGGUUGUUUAGUCUACCAUCUUUGGAGUAUCUAGACCUCCACUCUAACAAACUUAAUGGUCCCAUUGACCCAAUCCAAGAGCCUAAUCUUGUCCUCCUCAACCUUACUUCUCUUAACCUUUCAUCUAAUAACUUGAGUGGGAAUAUCAAGUCAUGCAUGCUUGUGAAGCUUAGGAAUCUAAGGUCGCUUGAUCUUUCAUUUAACAACUUACUAUCAUUAACUAGGUGUAGUAAUGAUGUCAAUUCUACCCUACCCAUGAUAAUUGAGUUCCAUUUCUCUUCUUGCAACAUGCAACGUUUCCCAAGCUUCUUGAAUGCAUCCAAGCACUUGAAAGUUUUAGAUCUUUCUAAUAAUCAAAUUCAUGGUUCUAUUACAAAAUGGGAAGGCGAAGGAUGGGAGGACUUGAGCACUUUGAACCUUUCUAUGAACUUCUUGACUAGCGUUGAGCAAAUUCCAGGGAAGCAUCUGUAUAUUCUGGACCUUCGCUCCAAUUCACUUCAAGGACUACUUCCAACUCCACCACAGGAAUUGAGUUAUUACUUAAUCUCAAACAAUGAGUUAGGUGGAGAAAUCUCUUCCAAGAUUUGCAAUUUGAGUUUUCUUUCUGUACUUGACUUGUCUAAGAACAAGUUGAGUGGAACUAUUCCAGAUUGCUUUCGGUCUUUUAGAGACCAACCUUCAAUGACUGUUUUGAGAACAGUUAAUCUGAAUGGUAACCAACUUGAAGGAUCAAUUCCACAGUCAUUAACGAACUGCUACAGUUUGGAAGUUUUAGAUUUGGGCAACAACAACAUAAAUGAUACAUUUCCUUAUUGGUUAGGUACGCUUCCUAAUCUGAAAGUUCUUGUCCUUCGAUCUAAUAGAUUCCACGGUGACAUACCAAAUUUCAAUGGAACAUUUUCCUUUAGCAGCCUUCAAAUGAUUGAUCUUUCUCGAAAUGAGUUCACUGGUCACAUCCCACCUGAGCUAUUUGAAAAUUUAAAAUCAAUGAAAGAUAUUCAGGUAAGCGAAAGUGAUCCAGUGUACAUUGGAGGAAACUAUUAUCGAGACUCUGUAAUUGUAACAACGAAAGGGUCGGAUUUCAAACUUGAGAGAAUUUUAGUUUCAUUCACAGUUAUUGAUUUUUCAAGCAACCAUUUCAAGGGGUCGAUUCCUAAAGAAGUUGGAGAACUUAAGUCACUCAUAGUGCUCAACUUUUCGCACAAUAGCUUAGCAGGUAAUAUCCCACCAUCACUUGGAAAUUUGGCAGCACUUGAAUCAUUGGAUCUCUCAUCAAACAAGCUUCAAGGAAGAAUUCCAAUGCAAUUAACCAACUUGACAUUUCUCGGAGUAUUGAAUCUUUCUCAUAACAAUCUUGAAGGGACUAUACCAUUAGCUAAUCACUUCGAUACUUUCCCAAACGAUUCCUACGUCGGUAACUCCGGGCUAUGUGGAUUCCCAUUGUCAAAGACAUGUGGCAACGACCAGGAACCAAAGUCACCUCCAUCAACAGUUGGUGAUGAAUCUGAAAUAGCACUUAUUUGGAAAAUUGCAGCAAUGGGUUAUGGAAGUGGACUAGUGCUAGGUUUGAGCAUGGGAUACAUAGUUUUCACAACUGGGAGACCUCGUUGGCUAGUGAAAAUGAUCAAGCGAAACCCAAAAAGGAGAAUGAGAACGAGGAUCCAUCGAAAUGGAAGGAGAAAGAAUUAG